AUGUUUGAUGGUUAUUGUAGGUAAAUAAUGUAGCCUAAUCGUGUGAUGUAUAAUAAAUCAGAUUUAGAAUGUGGAUUUCCAAGAUAGGAUUUCUAAUUGCAAGGAUUACAAUGUUCUCUAUAUAAAUGUAAUUAAUAUACCCAAUCAUGCAUAUUGUAUUUGCAUGGUUAUAAUGGAUCAAGGUUGGAAGCUGUUUAAUAUGCUCCCUUAGCAUGUAAAAAUGAUUUCGAUUUUUGUUCAUUUGAUUUUCAGGCAGCUGGAUAGUCUUUGGGAGACUUUGUAACAUUUGGGUAAUUAUUGAUUUUAAUGAAGUCUUAAAGAGGAGGAGAACAUAGCAGUGGUGGUUCGACAUUUGAAGGAGAAAUAUUUGCAUGUUAUUUUGUGGGGAAGAUCUAUGGGAGCUACCACAGCCUUGAUGUAUACUCAGAAGAAUGAGAAUAUAAAAUGUUUGGUUUUGGAUAGUCCAUUUUUAGUUUUGGAAGACGUAGUAAUAAAUUUAAUAAAACUAAAACUACAUACUCCAGAUAUAAUAAACAAAGGAUUAUAUCUAUUGAUCAGAAGUAUAACAUCUACAUAAUCAAGGAAGCAUUGCAAAAUUGUUCUAGUUUCAAAUUAAUAAAGUUCAAUUGCCAUUAAAUUUAAAUAUCACUUGUCCUAUGCUUUUGUUGUCGUCAAAGCAAGACAGUCUCAUUCCUUAAUAUCAUUUUGAUACAAUUUUUAAGGGAUAUUAAGGACUUAAGAGAUAGGUUGUUUUGUAAUGUAAUCAUAAUGAACAAAGAUCAAGUGAAAUCGUAUAGACUAUUAUUGCAUUCAUUUAAGCUAUGACACCACAAACCCGAUUCAGUCCAACCAAAUUUCCUAAUCGUUUAUUGGGUGACUUAGAUGAGGAAAAAUAUAUAGCUACUGGAAUUAAGAUAAAAUAGAAAAUCAUGAGAAACUAAUCAGUAUCCUCUCACAAUAAGAAUUCAGCCUAGAUCUAAAAAGAAAAGGCUUUGAUGUAAUUGUCUAACCUUAAAUGA